AUGGCGUUCGUUCUCUCAUCGCCAGCAUCAGACGCCGAGAACUUCGGCAAAAGGUUCAGCCGAGUUCCGGGCCUCGGCUCCAGCCCUGCCGCGCCCUCGCCGUUAGCCACGCGACGCGCGCUUCGUGCGCCCGCGACGCCGCAAGACACACCCAGCCGCAAGCUCUCCAGAAGCCUCAUUUGCCUCGGCGUAGUCGCUUCGACAACACUAGUCAAACCACUACCACCAAGCUCUGCGCCGAAAAAGGCCAAGCACCACAUCACCACCGAGCCAUCACCUCCCUCCUCACCCGACGCAAUGGACACCUCCUCGCCAAUCAGAGCAGCAUCUCCUCACUCCCCAACACCCUCUAAACGCCUCGCAUCACGAGCAAUGGCAAGAAACCCACCAUCCACCAAACCAACCGCGCGCGUAAGCAACCUCCUCGACCGCAUCCGCGCCAAACAAAGCCUCAAGAAGAGCAAUCCUCAACCCUCGAAGGCGGAGAACCAGCGCAAAGCAGCAGUCCAGCGGUCCGAAGAAGUCCUCGACAUCCUCAUCAUGGCGGCGUCACAAAAACAUCAGACAUCACAAGCGGAGCAAGCGAUCGAGGGCGCGAACAUCAGAGUCAGCUUCUCCCUCACUGAAGCGAUCAAGUGCGUCAAGGAGUCCACAAAAAGUCCAGUCAGUCGGGAGGAGGUCGUCAGGUGCAUCGAGCUGCUUGCGGAGCUGAGGAGCGACAAAGUCAAUCUCGUCUCACUGGGAUCGGGAAGCGGUCGCGCAGUCGUCAUCAGAUUGUGA